UCAGUCAGUGUGAAUCACAGGUGUACAGCAGACAUGCUGAUCAGCCGGGAUCAUCCUGAGCGUUGUCCUGAGCUUAUGAUAGAGCACUGAAUUAUGACGGGGAGCGUGUUAAAAACCUAAAUUAUAAUUUUCUAAAAUCUGAGUAACAGAAAUCACAAAAGCAGAAAAUCCACUGAAGUCGGAGCAGUUGGAUAAGAGGCAGUCAGCCGGUGUGACAGUUAGCUUGUGGGAAUGGCAGCUCCCCGGCCGAUUAAAGGCAUCCUGAAAAACAAGAGCAGCGGCACAGACAUCAAAUCGCUUGCCGAGGAGGUGCCGGGGGAGAGUUCUGAACCAGCGCCUGGACUCUCGGAGGAGGAACAACAGAAGAAAUCGCAGAAAUGGGAUGAGAUGAACAUCCUGGCCACGUACCAUCCACCUGACAAAGACUAUGGCCUGAUGAAGAUCGAUGAACCCAACACACCUUACAACAGGAUGGUGGGGGAUGACGAUGACGAAGGGGCACAGAGUGACUCGGACGGCCACGGUGGACUCCCAGCUGACGACCUGGCAUCAAAGCUGGCUGAAGCAGAGGGUUCAGAUCCUCGCUUCAUGUGUAAAGAGGAAGAGAGCAGUGAGGAGGAGGAGGAGGAAGAGGAGCUGACUCCUGAAGAACAAGCCAAAAAGAGCCAUUUCCAGAUGAUGAGGAAGAUGCAUUACAAUGAGGGCCUAAACAUCAAGCUGGCCCGCCAGCUCAUCGCCAGCGAACUGGAAGAAGACGAAGAUGAAGACGAAGAGAUGCAGGACGACACAGAGGAGGCGAGGGAGGAGACAGAGGAGAUCAGUGUUGACCCACCACAUGAAGCUGAUUCUCUGGAGUCGUAGGUGAGGCCCAUCUCCCACCCUCAGCCCUGUGUGUCAGCCGAAGAUCUUGACGAACGCCGCCCUUGCGCUGCUUUAACACUGGGCCAUAGAUUAGACACUGCUUCAACAGCCAAUAACCUCCCAGUCUCAUGUCUCUUUGAUUGCAAAGAACUGUGCAAUGUGACCUUCAAAAAAAAAAGCAGUUUUUUUUUAACCUCAGAAUCAGAACAAACACACAAACAAAGACUAUUGGUCCCUCCUCCUUUUUCUCCUGUUGCCAAGAAUUUUUGCCCUCCCACCUCAACUGGACUGAAGAAUUUGUGAUUCUUCCCUGAAAGGAGGACAACGGCCUUUAAAAAAAAAAAACCUGUCUGAUUACCAGAACUCCCAUCUGGCCACUUCACAGUCCCCUCUGCAGGCUGAAGAAUCAGUAUGUCAGCCCUGGAGCAUGCCAGGGGAACCCCACGGCUUCAGUAAAGACAUGUCUGAGGCAUGACCGCAGUAUCUAUUCUCCCUGCUGCUCUCCAGAUGGCUUUUAUUGCUUUUUUUUCUCCUUCAUGACCCACAAAAUAUGACCCCCCCCCCCACACCUUCAGUACAUUUUUGACAAAGUUUUUUAUAAUUUGUGAUCAGUGGUGAACGAAUGGGUUCAGUGGCUUACCUGUAAUGCUGUGCCAUCAGAAUAAGAUAACUUAUUAGAUCGAUAAUUUAGGAUCAAUAGAUUAGUGAAACAACAACAGUAAAAUGACAACAUAGCCUACAUAUUAUGAAUUUCAUUAAAAAAUCUUAUCAAUAAAUAAAAAUCUAAGUUCCAGUGUAUAAGAAUGAGUGACAUCUAGUGGUGUGACGGCAGAUUGUAAUAAACGAAGGACUCACCCCCCGCCCUCUCCCAAGGAUGUCAGAGAACCACGGUGGCCUUCACAUACCAGAAAGGAUUAGGUAUUUCUUUACGUCCUCCGUAAAGCAAGGCCCUUGCCCUGACAUAUAUAUUAAAAGCUUGUCCUAAGGCUAAGAAAACCAACUCAUUUUUUAUUUGAAAGCAGUUAUACACAAACAUGCUUAUGAACAUCAAUUUAAUGUCUGCCAAGUAACCCUACUAAAUGUCACACACUGGACCUUUACAUAUAUAUCUGUUAUUCUUGCUGUCGGCUGCAUGGCUUUUUGCUCAAGAUCAAGUCAAAAUAAUCCAUAUACAAGUAUUACAUUUGCCCUUUGCCUCAAACUUCGUAUUAACCUUCUCUUGAGAAGGAAAGAACAUCACACUAAAACUUUGUGUUUGAGUAAAGUCAUAAUAUUAAACAUUUCUUUGCAUUUUCUUCCCAUCCUCCUUAAUGAGAUUGUUUGAUAAUCUUUUUUUUUUUAGUUCAUGCUACUGUAGAAAACAUUGUUUUCCACACGUUCCAGCUUUAAGAACCAGGCACUAGGGUAGAUGUGACAAAGAAGAAACCAGCGCUCGCUCACUGUGCUCUCGUGUUUGACCUCUAAUCAUGUGAGCUUCAUUAUUCAGGGUUUGUGAGUAAUGUAUUACAGGACCUAUACAAUAAACUAAUUCAUGUUUUCAUUUCUCACCCGUCUUAUGUUGACAUGGUAUUUAAUUUAAUGUCAGAUUUAUUUAAAAGCGUCUUGUGCAAUGCAGGCUGGGAUUGUCAAAAAUCCCAAAGUGAAAGAAAGUUGCUACUGACACGGAUGUGGUGGAGUUAAACCACUGAGGAUUACUGCAGGUAAUCGCAUAACACAAAUCAUUUGUGUAAUGUGUGAGGUCACUUGAGUAUUGAGGGGAGAAAAAGGAGAGUAUGUCCUAGUGCAAACAAAAUUUGACCUAAAAAGUUGUUGCAGACUGAGUUUCACUUACAGUUGAACAUUGAACUAUACGGAAGAGGAUUUGAGCCACAUGGAUCUUUUAGGAAACAAAAUUGAAAAAAAUAAGAAAGCCAGAAUUCUGAGGGGGGAAAAAAAAGUCAGAAUUGAAAAAGAAUGCUGACUUUAAUCUCAGGAUUCAGGUUGUUUUGCCAUCUUUAUUUACAUUUGACCCCAAUCCUCUUCUGUAGAACUAUGAAGUAAUUAUGUCAGGACUCUUGAGUUUGUCUGGUGUUGCGAUUUCUUUAUUGUUAUCCUUUAGUUUCCUCACUGUGGAAGUGUUGAGUAUUGUCCCACGAAAAUACAAUCAGAGCAAUGGCAAGACUUGGCUUAAAAAUGUCCAUGUGCAGUUUUUUACAGGUUGAAUUUUUUCCCCCCUUCAUGAUGCAGGUGAAAGAAAAACCUUUAAAACGACAAGAACUAAGUCUAGCAAAUGGACAAAACAUUUAACAUCAGGCAGGGAUGUGCGUGUAGAAAGACAGUUUUUGACACCACUAUGUUUUCUAUUUUAACCACUGAAUUUGUAAAUGGGCAGAAAAGAUGGCUGCGUAGAAGCCGAGAUGAUGAUCAGUAUCUUCUCGUCAAGAGGACAGGCUUUGUCCAGAAACUGACUGAUCACCUCACUGUAGGUGUUAUUACCUGUCAAAAAUGUGCCUCUUAUGUAAUUAUGUACAUGUGUGUAAAGUGAACAGGCUAUGCUCCAUGUUAAUGUUUUUCCUUUCUAGGUGUAUUCCCCUCAUGUUACGUCUGAGUUUGUUGGGUUUUUUUUUGGUCAUUUUCUAAGAAUGAUAGACUGUUAAACAGCCCCAUCAUUGCACUGUGUCUUCAAAACAUAUGGAUAUUACAUCCAUGUGCUGUUGUUUUUUCUUUGUUUUGUUUAUCGUACUUCCCGUUUGCAUGUUCAGAUUGUGUGUAUUCUGUUUUGUCUGUUAUUAAACAGGUCUAAUUGAAGCUUC